AUGCAUCUUCAAGAACAGGUGUUGCAGGUGGUGCGUGCGCCAUUGUGGAAGGUCGGCAGUUCAGGGACCAUGAAGUCCGUCAGCAAAGGAUUGAUUGGGCAGAGCAAGGAUGGUCCUGGAUCCCGAACCCGAACCCGCAAGGGUUGCUGUCUCUCUCAGCCAAAGGGCCUGGGAGAGGACGGCGACCACUUUGAAGUAACUGUCGCCGACGUCGGGGAACUGCCGGAACGCACGGGCAUCACCGAGAGUGGAGACCCCUUCUUCACCGGGAUGGAUUACAUCUCUCGGGGGCUUCCGUAA